AAGGAUUUGUCCUUGCGCUUUCUGUGGGCACACUAGCACCAGCUCCCCUUGCAGGGCCCCAAGAAGGUGGCUACCUCCCUCCCCAGGAUCUCAGAGCCAGGGGACCACCUGCUACUAGGUGGGUGUGGUGUGUUUCACUCUGCUCCCUUGGGGCGCCCUUGGGUUCCAUUCACACUAGGAAGGGAGGACAAGUGAAUCCAACAGCCUCAGGAGGGAUAAGGGCAUCGCCUCUUUUUCUUGAAGGACACUCCCUUCUGAUGGUGAAUGGGAACUCCCUUCCUCCUGCCACAGCCGGCCUGCAGCCUCUGGAUAGUACUGUGAAUGCUGAAGCAGCUUCACUGCUCUGAAGGAAGGCGCCCCAGAGCCGAGGCAUAGAGAGCUGCAGGAACAACGAGGUUCAGAGAGCCAGCUUCGGGCUGCUGGGGAAGCGGCCACAGCAAGGUGACAGUGACAAAGCAGUGGCAGAGCAGAGGACACCAAGUGGAUGCAGUUUCCCUGGGACAGCAUCAGCCUGCAAGCUUUUCAGUCCUGAAAGCGCCACAAUAAGCCGCUACUGAGCCAUGGCUGAAGGAGAAAUCACAACCUUCACAGCCCUGACUGAGAAGUUUAAUCUGCCUCCAGGGAAUUACAAGAAGCCCAAACUGCUCUACUGCAGCAACGGGGGCCACUUCCUGAGGAUCCUUCCAGACGGCAAAGUGGAUGGGACAAGGGACAGAAGCGACCAGCACACUUUCCCGCAAGGCAUCAUGCAGAUGGGGCUGCGGUAACCAGGAGGGGGAAAGUCAUUCUCCAGACCCUGCUGAAGCCAAAGAGGGGAAGCCGGAGAGCCAAAGGCUGACUACCCCUCCUCAGCUUUCCUGGCAGCCAGCUCUCAGAGGAUGUUGCUAAAUGGAGGUGUGACCUCGAAGAAAAGAACCUUCUUGGCUAAGUAUAAACACCUCUUCCUUCUGCCGCAGCACUUCUGGUACUGGGGGUGAGUCUGAUACCCAGUGUCUAGUCCUCCUGCAAUGUUUCAGACUCCCCGACUACCACUGAGACAUGAGUUGUUGCAGAGACCUGCUCCCUGCUUAGAGGGGCAGCAAUCUCAAGUGUAAAACAGGAGGAAAGUGUGGGUAAAAAUCAGGAGCCAUGCAAGAACUUCGAAGGGCACAGGCAAGAAGAAGGGUUUCGUGGGAAUAACUUUAAAAUAGAAUGCACAAUGCUGGCCUGAUAGGAUGGUUUAUGUGUCAGGCAGUCUCAAUUAGCCCUGAGCUAUGCACCAAAGGUUACAGGCUCUAAGCGCAGUGACCACUUCACUGCAGCCCACCCUCUUCUCUCAGAUGCAGAGGAAACUGGAAUGGAUGCCGGCAUUUUCAGAACAGGUGGUAUUGUCCCUUCUUUCCUACCCACUACUCAGCCCUAGAGACGAGCGGAAAGACUGAGGCUGAGGGUUGCAUCUGCAGGAUUAGGGUUUGGGGGCUUUGUGUGGACUCUUUGUUAAAUGGGCCUCUUGUCAACUUUAUACUCAGCGAAAAACAGGCAAGAGAAUAAGCAAAGAGAUAGAUAGAUAGAUAUAAAUGACUCUAGUACAUUAAAUGUAAGUGAUGUUUACUGUAAAUAAAUGGACUUAGAUUGUAGUCCAUUGUGUUAGACAUGAUAUACAACUUACGUGAUCUGUCCACACAACACAGGGGGACAAGCUUUAAUUUCUCUGAGUUUUAAAUGUUUCUAAUAAGCUUAUCAAUUUUCCUGAAUCACUGGGGAGUGCUCUAGUCUCUAGAGGAAAGGGGGAUAUGGGGACCUAUUCUUGAGGUUAAGGGGCCUUUCUGGGAAAACUUGCAUUCCACGGUAAAAACAGGCUAUAGCUGCUGGGAUUUCUGAAUGUCAUAUGCUCCCGUUAUUGUCAUCCCACCGUUAACACGACAGACUGCAUCCCGGCUACAUAACAUGGAGACAAACCCUGAGGUCUGCUGUGGGUGUAAUGCCGGGAACUUUCGGAGCGCAGCACAGUGAGCCCUGGGAGUGUGCGUAGGGUGCUGGCAUCCCAGUGAUGCUGGAUUACGCGCCAAGUGGGCAAGUUCCUUAGUCUUUCUUGUCUUACUUUUCCCAUUUGUAAAACAAUAUUACUUGGGAGAGUUAAAUGAGAUAAUAUAGUGAAAGUUUUUGUCACAGUGCCUGGCACAGAGUAACAGCUCAGCAUAUAUUGGUUAAUAUUGCUGUUAUCAUCAUUAAGAUUUCACUACAUUCAAUACAGCAUUUGGAAAUGAGUAUAUAUUAAAGGAACUUCCCUAGUCUCCUCUCUUCUAUAAUACCACUUCCCAGGGAGGACAAGGGUCUUGAUUCCGGCUUUGAUUCUGGGCCUCUCGGCCAACAUUCAGGGUUGGGAUGUCAGCCUUUUAUUUGCUUACUCCGGAACUAAGAACAAAGGCUAGGGGACAGAAGUCAGGGUAAGUGGGGUAGUGGGCAGAAAUCCACCCUACAUCUGUCCAAUGCCAGAACUGGAUAAUCCACGUGCCCUCUGCAGUCAGGAGCCCUAGUUUAGAGUCAGCAAUCUUGAGUUCAAAUUCCUGCUCUACCACGUCUAACUGGACUGUGGACAUUCUCUCCAUUUUGCAUCAAGUAUUCUGCAAAAGCUCCAAUGGUCUGGCCUUCUGGCUCUUCUAAUCUCCAGAAUCUCCAGCUGUCUAAGGUUGGAGAAAAAUUUUAAUCUCAGAGACUGUUUCCUCACCUGUGGAAUGGAAAUGAUAGCCUGGCUUUGUGCACAUCACAAGUCUGAAAACUAGUAAGAUCUUGCAGGUGAGAUAGCCUCCGGGAAACCCCAGGCAUAAUACACUCCCUGAAUGUGGAUCUGUUGCCCUCUUCUGCCCAAUAGUGGUACUGCAUUGGCACUUCUGACUGGAGAGGUUAUUAGGAAGCAGAAUCAGCCCUGGACAGGAAUAGAGUGGGUGCUUCCGCUUAACCGUGAUCCACAUAGUUUGGCAAGGGAAUGCUUUCUAUCCCUUGACUACUGUUCUGAACAUGAAUAGAGUUGUAGUUACAGGCAGAGAGUCUCAUUCCAAGACUUCCUUCAGGAAGACCAUUCCUAAAAGCCAAUUGGAUAUUUAAAUUAAUCUUUAUAAAUUGUCACAAGACAGAAUUGUAUGCCUUGGAACUCUAGAAGACAAAAAUCAUUCUUUCACAGCUUCUCUGUCCUGAACUAGCUGAUCUGCCUUGGGAAAAAUGGGGAAGUUUUCAAAUAUAUGUCUUCUUCCUACCCUUAGGCAAGUAAGGCUCCAGAUGCCUUACUGCAGAGCCCACCCUCCCAUGGAUGCGCGCCUGCUGCCACCCUAAUGCACACCUGAGGACAGUCUCCCCUGGUGGGGCUUCCUGCCUGUGGAGAGCAUGGUUUGAAUUUGUCUUCAACCUGCCUCAGACCACAGCUGCAGGCACCUGUCAGCACGGGUUCCCCUCUAUCCCACCAGAGCCAGGUGAACCAGACAGCGAGAGCUGCUGACUCUGACCCCGCGGUGUGCAGUUCGUGAGAAGGUUCCCACUUUAGCUCUGAGAGACAGGGAGAGGCGUCACCAUGAGAGGGAGGGUUGUGGAGGAGGCACAGGUGCCAGGAAAGAUGGCCAGUUCCAUUGCGGACACAACAUGUGAGGAGUGGCCCGAGUACAGUGCAUCUCUCACUCCUACUUGUACUUGUGUGAUGACUCUCUGGUUCUGUCACCCACUAAACUCUCUCAGGACGAGGACUCUGUCUCCUAAGACCCGGCACUAAUUUGUAUGUCCAGCACAUCUCUUGGAGUAAUGCCCAGCAAGCAUUAAUUUGAUGAGUGACUGAACUGUCCUGGAGGUAAAUUCAGUGAUAUAUUCAAUAUCUAUUGAGCACUGAUACUUGCCAGGCACUGUGCUAGACUCUUUCAUUUCCCCAUGAGGUGAUGAAUUACUACCACUCUGAGAACACUACAGCUCACAGGGAGUGACCAGCUUCUAAUGGGGACAGCAUGGCCAACCUCCUCAGCUGUUCCCAACACUGAGGAUCUUUCUGUACCCCACCACCACCUCUGAUACCAGCACCAUGAUGGAGGUUUCACCCCACAAACUAAAGAAACACACUGGAGUGACACAGCAUGUCGUGUGGGUCAGACAGAUGUAGACAUAGGUCCCAUCACUGACACUAGUUUUUGUGUCACCAUGGUAGAGUUACUUCUCUUCUAUAUGCCUCAGUUUCCUCAUUUUAAAAACAACAAUGACAACAGUAUCUACCUCCUACAAAAGUAGGAAUCUGAAAUGUGAGGUCUGUGAAAGUAUUUAGCACAUUUAAAGGCAUGUGAGUGCU